GCCGGUGCUUCCCGGUAGAGUGGACCACACACCCACACCCACACAAGUGCGCUUCUGGAUAUCCACUCUCUUUUGUAUGUGUGUCCCGUGUCGUUUACUUUCCUCUUGUUCUUGACGUGACAUCUUUCUGCCGGGCUCUGCCCCGCCAACACAGCCGGACUGGGAGCUGUGGCCACUGAUGAAUCGGUCCCAUUAGUGGAAAACCAGGAAUUAGAGUGGAGUCGAGCCGCCGACGCACCGAAAAGACGCUCGAGGACAAGCAUGACGGUGACUCCGGGGCUUUUUGCCGCUUUAACGUUGAGCGCCAUGUUGACGGUGUCCCGCUGUGAUGCAGAAUACCAGCUUCCUCCGCCAACAAACCUGUCGUAUGUGUGGAUCAACAAGUUUGCUGUGAAAAUGUCCUGGGACUGGGAAAGGCCUGAGUCACUGCCACACGACUGUAAGAUCAGUUACGAACUCGUUGUGGUGCAGGAGCAGCCAUAUACAAAAACAACCAAGCGCUUGGAUUCGAAAAGCCACGUCGUGCAUUGUAUCACAGAGAACGGGGAUUCUGAUCGUUGCAAGUUCACUGUUCAUGCAGUGUUCAAAGAAGAGCUCUGCAAUGGUUCAAGUCAGAGCAGAGGCGUGACUGAAACUGCUAAAAGAAAAGAGCCACGAGUUAAAUUGGUGAAGGAUUUCAAAUGUCUCUAUACAACAGAGGGAUUCAACUGUUCAUGGAUCCCAGUGGCUCUGAAUCCGAACCUGGAGAUAAGCUAUAGGGCUUGUGUCUCAGAUCCCAACAACAAUGAAAGUUUGAAAGCAGGUGAUCGACCUUACAUCACUGGAGCACGGAACAGUUGUUACUGGCCUGUAGCACAAGGCACGAAAUAUGACGAAAUCUGCAUUUAUAUUGAGUCCAAAAUUGGAUGGAGCUACUUCCAACCUAUAAUCGGACCAGCUUCACCUGUCUUGACGAUCACAGAAGACACCGAUCGCCUCAAGUUGACAUGGUCGUCUCCGGAGUUCCAAAACGACUGUAUUUGGAAAUUCGAAUUCUGCUACACAGAAUGCGAAAAGGCCGAACAAUGCCGGAUCCACACCUACAAGCUCUCAGACCAGAAUGAAACGCUCUCGCCCCAGAAUGAGAUGCUCUACAACCGAGACUGCCGUUACGAGUUCCGGUCCCGAUUGACCACCAGAGAAAAUUGCCCGAAACUAGUCAGCGACUGGAGUGAAAUUGUAACUCAUGGUGUGAACAAGACUCCUGACCAGACGCUGCCCCUGGUGGCCAUCAUUAUCCCCAUAAUUUUGUUCGUCUGCAUCCUUCUGGCCUGCUACUGCUUCAGGAGGCACAGCGACAUUAUUUGCCCCAACAUACCCGAUCCCUCGGCAAUAUUCAAAGAAAUGGUGAAUGGAAACAAAGAGCAUAACAAAGCUGAACAUAAGCCAAUAGAAAAUGUGUACACGCCCAUGCCAGAGGACGUCGAAUCCUGCAAAGUCACCCUCAUAAACCAAAGUGGCGCCCUGCAGCCAAACUCCUGACAGGCCCCCCCACACCGUCAUUCCUCGGGUGGUGAGCUGUCGGGGGAGAAAUUGAAUACACUGCACGCCCACCUGUACCUGCGACCUGCACCCAUUGGACGAUAGCAACUUUACGUCACACUGUGUCCAUGCCCGUGCUUGAUCGUCUAUUCGACUCUAAAUGGGACGAUAAUUUAUAAAACGAGCUUUGUGCUGCAUUGAAGAAGACUUGUAGUUAUUGAUUAAGAGCUACAAUCGUUUUUUCCCAGACCUCUAUGGGAACUGAAGUCUUUUUGCAAGCAGAGCAGUGAAGUCGCCCCUUUGUUAGUCAUUGCACAGAAUACAGGUGUUUGGACUUGGUAAGUUCAUCGCUGACGUGUGAAGUAACUUAACAACAGACCUAAAAGCUUCUUUUUUUCUUUCCUUUUUUUACUGACCUCUGAUUGAAGCGUAGAUUCUGUAACUGUUGUGCGUUUAACAAAUGAGCUCUGCUGUACCUGUUCUGUACUGACCUGAGCACAGCUCUGUACCACUCUGACCCGCUAGAGGGCGGCAAAUACAUGAUCUCAGCUGCGUUUAGGCCAGAGGAGGAAGAUGAGGAUUCUGACCGAGUGUGUGCGUGGAUUGGAGGACUGCAAUUGGGCCAGUGGGAGCUACUGUACAUUAACUGGGCACUUUCCGGCCAGUAAGAGGAGCUGCUGUAUCCCCGGAGACCCGCUGUUUGGAUGCCUGCCCCCAGGGCAGCUCGACAACAGGCAGCAGGCAAUCUCCUCUAAGCAAUGGACUGUGAUGUAAAAGCCACCUAGUGAGGGAGUAAUGUCUCAAUAUGUCUCAGCGUGAAUACAAACACUGUUUUACAUGGAACUGAUUAGGACAGUGCCCUUGUGUUUGUGCUGUAAUUCUUAAGAACAGACUUUCCUAAUGUGAAAUGUAAUAGGUGUGUGGCUACAGUUGAGAUGUGAACACAUCUAAUCCCUGUCAGUCUCUCAAAAGGAAGUACACUGUGUUGUCAGUCAGGAGACAAACAGACUUGCGUUUACUUUGCCCGCAGAUGCUGAUGUUUCCGCAUAGAGAUCACAUGACUUGCACACUUGGGAACGAUCAUAACAACUUUCUUACAUAUGUCGAUGUGAUUUGUCGUUUGAAAAUAUUACUUGUGGUGUUACUGGUCGUUUUUUCCACCUUUGAACACACCUUUCAACAUUGUUUUUGGGCAAGAGAAUUGUGAGUGAAUUCAAAUUGAUUACAACAUGCCUGUCAGCUCUGAUAA